AUGGGCUAUCCAAAUCUUGGAGCUCUUGUUGUAAGGAAUGAUGCAUUAAAGUACCUCGAAAAGAGAGAUUUCUCUGGUGGUACUGUUGUUAUUGCUACAUGCGGAACAGAUUACGCCUUAUUCCAGCCAAGAGGCUGCUCUAAGUUUGAAGAUGGAACAAUCCCAUUCUUAUCAAUCGUUGCUUUGAAGGAAGGCUUCGAUAAGUUGAACGAACUUGGAAUUGAAAACAUUAAUAAGCAUACUUGGGCAUUAACAAGAGAAUUAUAUACAAGAUUGGCAAGACUGAGACAUAAAUCUACAGGAAGACCAGUUGUCAAGAUUUAUGGAAAUCAUGCUAAAGAUAAUCAAAAGUUACAAGGAUCAAUUGUAACUGUCAACUUCUUAAAUGCUGAUGGAACCUAUGUAGGCUAUAAUGAAGUCAUGAAAAAGUCAACAGCCGAAAAUAUUAACAUUCGCGUUGGCUGCUUCUGCAAUCCUGGUUCGUGCAUCAGCGCUGCUGGUCUUAGAGAUGACCAAGUUGAGCAUUACUACAACAAGAAGACAUCGUGCCACGAUUCAAUAGAUAUUGUCGAAGGAGUUCCUCUUGGUGCUGUGAGAAUAUCAAUUGGAGCAUAUAGCACAAUAGAAGAUAUUUUAAAGUUCGAACAAUUUGUUAUUAAUAACUUUGUUCAUUAA